AUGCAAACAUCUCAGCCUUCAAGUCACACCUCCUCAGCCACUGCGCUAGUUGAACGCUCCCAAUCGACAAAAAGCCGGCAUGCACUCGGCACCAACUUGCUCAAAUCGGCACUGAAGAAACCAUUUCAGGGCUGGUCAAAAGACCUCCUGCGUGCAAAAGAUAACGACGAUGACGACUAUAACUUCACAAGUGGUGCGCGCCGUGGUGCUGAGCACUGCCGCAAUGGUGAUUGA